UUCCACUCCUCUGGGAAGGCUUUCUACAAGAUUUUGGAGUGUGUCUGUUGGAAUUUUUGCCCAUUCUUCCAGAAAAGCAUUUGUGAGAUUAUCUCCAAUAAUGAACUGCAACCGACAAUGCCUGCUUAAAUUAUUCCUGACUGUGCUUGGAAUUACUGCAUUGGGAAUUUACAUUAUUCAAAGUGAACUGCUGAAUGUUACAGAAGUCAUGACUAGAUUGUUGCCAUCAGGCACAAGGCAUCUCCAAAAUAUAGUCUUUACUAAACCAAGCAUUGGACCAUUUCCCAGUAAAAAUCGUUCAUCUUGUUCCUGUGAGGGAUUUAGUAUCAUUGGGCUAAAUGUGCCAGCGACUGAACUGGAAGAUGUUCAGAGACGACGAUCUGAGGAGUACAGACAGUAUCAGCUCAGGAUGAAGACAAACUUGGACACUCUUAUUCUGGCCCCAUCCAACUCCCCUUUCCAAUAUCCCAUCCAGGGUGUCACAGUGGAACCUCUUAAAAAAACUGCGAUACCAGAUUUGGCUUUGCACACACACAAAAGAAGACUAUAUAAGGUGUCCUUGAGGGUGAAGAGUGGAGUGCUCUCAGUGGAUGAUCUUGUAGACAGAGAGCAGGUGGAUGGACAGGAUCAGAGAGAACUGACCAUCUCAUCCAUCAGUCUCAUACAACUCAAUGAUCUGCUGAGCAGAGUGACCUACACUAGCACCAUCUACCAUGUCAAGACUAAAGAUCUAGUUCAUCUGUCUUUUGAGGACUAUGAAGCCAUAUUUCCCAUCAUGAUCAAAAGACCUUCUGUCCCUGUUCUGUAUGACCCAGGGAAAGAUAUUAACUCACAGGUAACCAUAACAACCAAGACCUUUCUGAGGUAUGAGGAGUUGGAUGUCCUCAUCAACAGUAUCCGGCAGUUUUACCCAGAAAUCAAAAUCAUUGUUACAGAUGACAGCCUGAUUCCAGAAAAGGUGAAUGGCAGCAACAUAGAGCACUACAUCAUGCCACCUGCACAGGGCUGGUUUGCUGGCCGGAAUCUGGCUGUAUCACAGGUGACCACUAAAUACUUCCUGUGGGUGGAUGAUGACUACAUAUUCCAGAAUCAUACGCGGAUUGAAAGCUUUGUUGAGAUUAUGGAGAAAGUUCCAGAACUGGAUGUGCUUGGAGGAGCAGUUGAAAACAAUCAGUUCUUUUUCCAACUUUUGUAUGAGGAGGGGGAUGAAGAGGAGGGUGGCUGUCUCCGACGUCUACAUAGAAGGAAGCUUCAAUCUCUUCCAGGCUUUGAUGGCUGCUUCUUUGUUGAUGGGGUUGUCAAUUUCUUCCUGGCACGGACAGAUGCGGUGAGAAGGGUCGGCUUUGAUCCAUUCCUGAAAAGGGUGGCUCACACUGAGUUUUUUCUCGAUGGUCUUGGAGAUUUGAUGAUUGCCUCUUGUAAAGGACUUACAGUCGGCCACCAGAAGAAACGCAAACAAAGCAAAUACAGAAGAUUUAGGUUUCCGGGACAAAGUGAUGGAAAACACAAACUGGCCCAUCAUUACUUCAAGAAUCAUUUGAAAUGCAUGAAGUACUGAUGGACAUUUGAGGAGAGAGGAGACCAAUAUCCUGUCAGAUACCAAGUGCUGUUUUUCCCUAAAUAUAAAGAAUUUAAAAUGUGUAAUGAAAGUGAUUUAAAGUAUGCAUAUGAGUAAGGUUCAAGGCUCUAAAAUACAUUAAAAAACAAACAAACAAAAAAAAACAUCUACACAUGAUUUUUUAAAAUGGUUUGAAAUAGAAAAAAAGUUGUCUUUCACAUGUUUUGUGGGAAAGGGGGAAAGGUGUGAUAUUUUCCUUUCUGAUACUAUUCAAUCAAUGUUCAAUUGGUUUAGUUCUCAUCAGGAGGACAAUUAAGGGAACAAAAGAACCUUGAUAAAAUAUUGAUUUUAAAUUAUUUUAAAUAUUACCAUGAUUUAACUAUGUGAUUAUUGUCGCAGUCUGUCUCCCUCAUUUUCUUCAUUUUCUUCAAGGACUCUUAUUUUGAAGUUUUCCACUGGACUGCAUUUCCCAUAGUUCACUGCCCUAAUCACGUCCAUCUGUUCCUUAUUACCAUCACCUGUAUUCCAUUCCCUUAUUUAGUUCUGUGUAUAAAUACCCUCUAGUUCUCUUCAUCAUUGGUCAGUCCUUGAAGUGUUAUGCUGUGCUAAGUUUUGAUGGUUAGAGUUAUAGUUUGUUCCAUU